UUGUAAAAGGAUAUGCUGGACAUCCUAAUUCUCCUGGAUUUUUCUGUUGCUCUGAAGAAAAGCAGUCGGGUAUAUACAGUUCUUUAGCAGAAGUCAUUAACACCUGCUAUAAAGAAGUAUUUCGCUCUAAUACUAAGUUUUCUAGUCCACUAGUUAUAGGUUUUGAUAAUUCAGAUGUUGUAGAGCAAUUGUUUAGUGAUAUUAUAUUUCGUUCAUAUACAUUCAGUUUAGGAAGACUAAAUAUAUUUGUAUUAGAAAUGGGAAAAUCAAAGAAACCAGACGCUAGUAAUCCUAAUAAAGUUUGGUUAGAUAUUGAUAGAUUUUCAAAUUAUACUGGAAAA